AGCGUUGGACUUCCUGCCUAGAACAGUUCAGUACAGGAAGAAAAAAAUAAUGGCGACGCUUCAAGGGUCCCAGUCCCCUUGGACUGGAGGAAAACGGAGAAAAUGCAAUGGCAAUAUCGUCACGAAAAUCACAGCUUGUCAAAUUACAGGCCACGGGUUCAACCGAGGCACUCAGCUCCCUGGAAUCCUGCUGGAGGAAAGGGACAGGCGAGUCAAGUGGCAUGGCAUCCCUACCAUGCUGCAGAAACUCCACGACAGCAGUCAUCCAAACAGCGACCUCUCCCAUGCCCACAGCCUACUCAAGGUAUUGUUGUCCCAACUCUCCAUGGAGGCCAUGUCUUUUGUCACGGAGGACAGAAAGACAGCUCAGGAAUCCACCUUCCCCAAUACGUACACCUUUGAACUGUUUGGGGGCGUGGACCUGCUCGUGGAAAUCUUGAUGAGGCCCACCGUCACUAUGCAUAAUAGUAAAAACCAAAUGAAUGAUGACUUGGUGAAGGACUGCCUUAGUGUGCUUUACAACUGCUGUAUGUGUACGGAGGGGGUUACCAGGAGCCUGGCGGCCCGGGAUGACUUUGUGCUGUUCCUCUUCACCCUGAUGAACAACAAGAAGACCUUCCUGCAGACCGCCACCCUCAUCGAAGACAUCCUGGGGGCCAAAAAGGAGAUGAUCCAGCUGGAGGGCAUCCCCAACCUGUCCGGCCUGGUCCAGAGCUUCGACCAGCAGCAGCUGGCCAACUUCUGCCGCAUCCUGUCCGUCACCAUCUCGGAGCCCGACGUGGGCAACGAUGACAAGCACACCCUGCUGGCCAAGAACGCCCAGCAGAAGAAGAACAACACCCCCUCACGCGCCGAGGUCAACCAGGUGGCGCUGCUGAACAUCCCAGGCUUCAUCGAGCGCCUGUGUAAGCUGGCCACCAGGAAGGUGUCGGAGGCCACGGGGGCCUCCAGCUUCCUGCAGGAGCUGGAGGACUGGUACACGUGGCUGGACAACGCCCUGGUGCUGGACGCCCUCAUGCAGAUGGCCUCAGAGGAGACCGAGCAGAGCAGUACAGAGUCCUCAGACGAGAGCUCCCUCGCCACCAGCCCUCUCCGCCACCACCUGCCCCAGUCCAUGAAGAUCGUCCAUGAGAUCAUGUACAAGGUGGAGGUGCUCUACGUGCUGUGUGUGCUGCUCAUGGGCCGCCAGAGGAACCAGGUGCACAAGAUGCUCGCUGAGUUCCGUCUCAUUCCGGGACUCAACAACUUGUUUGACAAGCUCAUCUGGAGGAAGUACACCGCCUCCAACCACGUGGUGCAUGGCCAGAACGAGAACUGUGACUGCAGCCCGGAAAUAUCGUUUAAAAUCCAGUUCCUGCGGUUGCUGCAGAGUUUCAGCGAUCACCACGAGAACAAGUACCUGCUGCUGAACAGCCAGGAGCUGAACGAGCUCAGUGCCAUCUCCAUGAAGGCCAACAUCCCCGAGGUAGAGGCCCUGGUCAACACGGACCGCAGCCUGGUGUGUGACGGCAAGAAGGGCCUGCUGACCAGGCUGCUCACCGUCAUGAAGAGGGAGCCCCCAGACUCCUCCUUCAGAUUCUGGCAGGCGAGGGCUGUGGAGAGCUUUCUGCGUGGGGCCACGUCCUACGCAGACCAGAUGUUCCUCUUGAAGAGAGGACUGCUGGAGCACAUCCUGUUCUGCAUCAUCGACAGCGGCUGCACCUCCAGAGACGUUCUGCAGAGCUACUUCGACCUGCUCGGGGAGCUCAUGAAGUUCAACAUCGACGCCUUCAACCGCUUCAACAAAUACGUCAACACGGAGGAGAAGUUCCAGACCUUCCUGACCCAGAUCAACAGCUCCCUGGUGGACUCCAACAUGCUGGUGCGCUGUAUCGUCCUCUCCCUGGACCGCUUCGAGAACCAGACGGAAGACGUCAAAGUGGUGGAGGUCCUGUCUGAGUGCUGCCUGCUGUCCUACAUGGCCCGGGUGGAGAACAGGCUCACCUUCCUCUUCAGACUGGUCAACAUCAUCAACGUCCAGACGCUCACACAGGAGAACGUGAGCUGUCUCAACACCAGCCUGGUCAUCCUGAUGCUGGCCAGGAGGAGGUCCAAGCUGCCCUUCUACCUGGACGCCCUGCGCGAGAAGGAGUACGCCGAGAAGUACCCCGGCUGCCUGCUCAACAACUUCCACAACCUGCUGCGCUUCUGGCAGCGCCACUACCUCAACAAGGACAAGGACAGCACCUGCCUGGAGAACAGCUCCUGCAUCCCCUUCAGCUACUGGAAGGAGACGGUGUCCGUCCUGCUGGGCGUGGACAGGACCUCCUCGUCCGCCAUCGCCAGCUACAUCGACGAGCCCUACAUGGACCUGGACACGGACCCCCUGGAGGAGUGACCAGCAUAGCCCCUCCCCCUGCCCCCCCCUAUCCCCCCUCCCCCCUCCCCCCCUCACUGUCAAAGUUCUCAUGUUGGAGGCGGUGGGCGUGUGGACAGAUGGCGCCCAUCGGACUCCUUAAUGUGGCGAGGGCGCCUGGGCCGAGCGCAGACCGCGGGUUGUACUGUGUCCCACGGGACGGCGCCACCGUCUGGACGGGAGGGCCGAGGAUGCUGCCGCGCAUCCUUCUCAUGACCCCCCCCCCCCCCCCCCCCCCCCCCCCCGGGGUGACCGAAGAGCACCCACCUGGCCAUCGUAUCCUCACCCUGCAGGCUCUUGGCGGUCGCCCCCCCCGCCCCCACAGAAGACUUCUUAAUGGACCUCGGGCGACGCCCCCGUGAAGGCUGUGUGCUUUAGGGGGGGGACGUUGGAUAUAAACGAAAUGUUAGCUUUUACGAAAGAUUUCUGUAAAAAAAAAAUACAAAUAUGAAAGCGUACACUAAACAUAUUAUAUGAUGGGUGGGGAGGGGGGGUACUUCAUGUCUUACGAGGACUUUUGGAGCGAGCCCGCCAAGGGCUGAUUGUGUGCCACAGGCUCGUCUAUCAGAUGAUCCAGCUCUCCCCGUUGUUAGCCCUAGACCGCAUCACUCCCCCCCCCCCCCCCCACGUGGUCUCUAGGGUGGUCCGGGCCUCUGGGCGCCCGUGUUUUCCUUUGACGGUUAAUUCUCGUUGGUGGCGACCGACUGGAGGCUCUGUGGCCACGCUGUGCCCCUCUAGGUAGCUCACUGAUCGUCAUGGAGAUGGUUACACUAAUUCACAAAUGACAUCCGCCUCUGUUGUGGCUUCACAUGCUUUAUCCAGGGACUUUAUUUUUCAGGUGUGUGUGUGUGUGUGUGUGUGUGUGUGUGUGUGUGUGUGUGUGUGUGUGUGUGUGUGUGUGUGUGUGUGUGUGUGUGUGUGUGUGUGUGUGUGUGUGUGUGUGUGUGUGUGCGCGCGCGGUUGCCUGCGUGUGUGUGUGUGUGAGUGCGUGAAUUCAUUUUGAGAAAAAAACAUUUUUAGCUUGAUGCAUUGUAGAAUAAAACCUUGCACAGAAUAAACUGUUUUAACUGUAGCUCAAACGCUUUUGUUUAAAAAAGGAAAAGUCAAAAAAAUCCAUGUUUUCUUGAUCAAAUUUUGCAUCCAUGUUGUGAGAGAUGGUUUGCUACGGGGAAUAAACUAUGCAGGCUCUAGUGUUCUUCUUGUUGAAGUCCCGAUGUUUCUCCUGGAGCAUGAAGAACGAACCACUAGUCCCAACAGCAUAGGUCGCUUCAUGGUUGGAUUGUGACGACACCCCUGUGACAACAAUCCUAGACUUUGACAAUCUUUGUAUGCCUCUGCAUGAAACUGCAUAUCUUUCUAACCUUGAUUUAAAAGGAGUAAACAGGCCUGGCUGACUGCCUAGAACCCCUUCAGCCUUUUAAACUUGUGCACAUUUGAACUGUAAUGGGCAACGGCGCCUUUGCGUCUUAACGAUUUAUUAAGGACUCCAAUCCCGGCGACAGCAUGCGAUUGAGAUGACCUACCUCAUUCCAACCACUACAGCCGACUUAUGCACACACCACCCCCAUUCAGUUCAUCAGCGCUGCUCCACUGACUCCACUAUGAUUGUACCAAGGCGUUCUCACCGUACAAAAGCACCCCCAGUAGUGUCAACUAUAGUCCGGUUAACCAUUGAGCAUGACCUACAGCUCUUUCUCUGAGUGCGCACGUGUUCAUUAUUGUUUGGAGUAGUCUCCAUCGGGGUGCUUUUGGAGAUUUCUACACCGGUUCAUAUUUUUCUCCCUUUCAACCAAAUGCCGUUCUUGUAUGCUGUUCAUGUCAUUGUAGUGUAUGGUUAAGCAGUCAUUUUUCUGAGUUAUAGAGUUGUGUCCCUGGCCAAAAAUAACAAUGGAGCCGUUGGCCGAGGCGGGUGAAUGUCAUGGUUACCGGCUGCUUCUAGCAGCUACACCGCUUGUCAGGGAGAGGCCGUACGUAACUACUGUUGCUUUGCCUAGGCUCAGAAUACAGUUUGGUUGGAUCCCUUGACAUGCUACGUCAGAACUGCAUCUCGAGUUGCUUUUAAUGCCAAAUGGCCUUUUAUUUAUUUCACCCGUUGAGCGUAUAUGGUCUCACUUGACACUCAAACCUGUGGCCUAACAUGCUGCAUCGUGGGUGCUUUUUGAUGGCUUGAAUUCUGUCAAGUAGCAAGAUAUAGCAGCAGGGUUUUUUAGCAGUUUUGAUGGUGUUUUUUCAAGCUGGGCCUGCAUUAAUGUCAUAUUGUAUGAUAAGAUACUUUCCUUGUUGACAUCCUGGUGUUGUAUUUUAAACCCAAGAGAACUGCGGUAGUUCUACUGUGGUGGUGGUGACAAGACAUUUUCAUGCUGUAGCAUAAAUUAAUAGUGUUUUUGUAGCAUUUGCCUUUUGCUUGAAGUAAUCGGUGGAAGCUCAUGGUUGACUUUCAAAAGGUGUUCACUUAGCAUUUUGGAACACUGGUACGCCAUCACGAUAGCUCCUUCUGACACAUCCGUACUUUUGAUAACACACUAGCACAAAGGACAGCAGUUUUUAUUUGUAUUUUUAUCUACCAUUAUCUCACCCACCACCUGCCUACUGCUUUUCUAUCCUCCACAUGCUGAUAUUGAAUAUUUAAUUUUCCUUUUGUUUAACAACUUGUUUGUGAAAUACAAAAAAAAUAAAAAAUAAUAAUUCUUAA